AUGUUCUUCUGUCCUCAGUGAAUUAUAUCAUUCUCAGUCGCAGUGGAAUUGAACCUAUGUGGACCUCUGAAUUAAUCAAGUCGAUCCGCACUUUCUUCCCUGAAACUUGGAUAUGGAAACUGGUGGAAGUUGGAGAGUCUGGAUCGACAGAUUUGUCGCUCACUGUCCCGGACACCAUCACCACCUGGGAGACGGAGGCUUUCUGUUUGUCCCCUCAGGGAUUCGGCUUGGCUCCAAGGGAGACGCUCACAGUCUUCCAGCCUUUCUUCCUAGAGCUUGACCUGCCUUACUCCAUAAUCCGAGGGGAGCAGUUUGAUCUGAAGGCGACUGUCUUCAACUACCUGUCCAGCUGCAUCAUGGUCACUGUGACUCCAGCUGCCUCAACAGAUUUCACCCUCACCCCGCUCGUCGAUCAACAGUACACAUCCUGUCUGUGUGCUACCGAACGCAAAACUUUCAGAUGGACCAUGUCCCCUUCGGUCUUAGGGGUCGUGAACGUGACAAUGUCCGCUGAGGCGGUGGCCUCCCAUGUGUCAUGUGACAAUGAGAUUGUGAGCGUGCCAGACAGAGGUCAUAUCGAUGUGGUCACACGAACCCUCAUAGUGAAGGCUGAGGGAACAGAGAUGACAAAAACCUUCAACUGGCUGCUCUGUCCAAAUGGGGAGGCUCUUACAGAAGAAGUAGAGCUGCAGCUUCCUGACAAUGUGAUCGAUGGAUCUGCCCGAGCUUCCCUGUCUGUGCUGGGUGACAUCAUGGGCCGGGCCCUGAAGAACCUGGAUGGACUGCUGCAGAUGCCGUAUGGAUGUGGGGAGCAGAACAUGGCUCUUCUGGCCCCCAACAUCUACAUCCUCGAGUACCUGAAGAACACACAGCAGCUGACCUACGCCAACAAGGAAAAGGCUGAAAACUUUCUGAUGAAUGGCUAUCAGAGGCAGCUCAACUACAAGCACUAUGAUGGUUCUUACAGUGCGUUUGGAAAAGGAAAGCAGAACACCUGGUUGACUGCUUUCGUGCUGAGAUCCUUUGUUAAAGCGAGUUCGUUUGUCUUCAUUGACCCUGAAGUCGUUGAAAUGGCCAGGCGUUGGAUUGAGAGUAAACAACGAGAAAACGGCUGUUUCAAACAGUCGGGGAAACUCUUUAACAACAAGAUGAAGGGCGGUGUGUCUGAUGAAGUGACUCUCAGUGCUUACAUUACUGCAUCCCUCUUGGAGAUGAACAUAACGGGAACUCCUCUUGUUGUACAAAGAAGCUUGUCCUGCCUCAGGGAGUCCAUGGGUAACCUGAGCAACACCUACACCACAGCUCUGCUGGCGUAUGUCUUCACCCUGGCAGGAGACAUGCAGACCCGCACUCUCCUUCUGAAACACCUCGGCACAGUGGCUAUACAGCAAGGGGCUUUACUUCACUGGUCUCAGGAUGAGGAAGAUACAUCAACGUCUCUGUCUGUGGAGAUCAGCUCUUAUGUGCUUCUGGCCUUACUCAGUGCAUCUCCCUCUGCCGAGGACCUGCGAUUGUCAUCCAGCAUCGUCAGAUGGCUGACAGGACAGCAGAACCAGUACGGAGGCUUCUCCUCUACCCAGGACACCGUGGUGGCUCUGCAGGCUCUGUCUCUGUACUCCACUAAAGUGUUCAAUCCCGAAGGUUCCAGCACUGUGACAGUUCAAGCUCCCAGCGACCAGCUGACGUUUGACAUAAACCCUCACAACAAACUGCUCUACCAAGAGGAGGCUCUGAAGGACAUGACAGGAAAGUACAGCUUGGAGGUGAAGGGAACUGCCUGUGCUUCAAUGCAGAUUUCUCUUCAGUACAACAUCCCGUCUCCUCCACCAGCCUCUUCUCUCCGUGUGGAGGCUGAACCGCAUGCUGACUGCACGAGCACAUCUCGCAGCCUCAGUCUGACGCUGAAGUCGGUACAUUAUGGAAGCGACAACAUGACAAACAUGAUGAUAAUGGAAAUCAAACUACUCUCUGGAUUUAUCCCAGAUGCUGAGUCUUUAAGGAUGAUCAGAGACUCUGAGCUGGUGGAACAUCUUGAAUAUAUUGGAGAUCGUCUUAUCGUUUAUAUACGGGAGUUACUGAAAAGUCAAAUCACGCGCCACUUUCUAAUUCUCCAACAUAAGCUUCCAGUGCAGAACCUGAAGCCAGCUUUGGUGAAGAUCUACGACUACUAUCAGCCAAGUUACAGCGCUGAAUUUGAGUAUGCGCACCCCUGUGCUACAGAUUGAAGAGUGAAGGUCCUUACCGGCAAAAGCUUGUGGAUUGUUUAAUGAGAAUCAAUACAUUUGAUUAAACUUUGAAUAUUUCUGUCA